AUGACAUAUAGUCAAACUAAGCUUGCAUGGGAGGCAGAAUACCCAGAUCUCGGAACUUUAACAUCCAAUCUCAUUGCUACUGCACUUAAAAGAGCUGCAUUUGGUCUAUACUGGGAAAAAGGGAAUCAUGGUGGUGCAGAUCCAUACCUAUGCGAGCGUGAUCAGCUCACUUUAAAAGAAAUUAUCGAAGAUUCUGCUUACAAAGGUGAAGCUCUAGAAGCAGCUGACAUUAUUGACGAGGCGUUCAAGUUGA